GACGCUGGGCGAUUUUCAUCAGCCGCUUUGGGAAGCACACAAGGGAGAUGCCUCAGGAACAAUACACACACCACCGGAGCACCAUGCCCAGCUCCGAGGGGCCACAGGUAUACAAGGUGGGCAUUUAUGGCUGGCGGAAAAGGUGCCUGUAUUUCUUUGUCCUACUCCUGAUGAUUUUAAUACUGGUGAACUUGGCCAUGACCAUCUGGAUUCUCAAAGUCAUGAACUUCACAAUUGAUGGAAUGGGAAAUUUGAGAAUCACAGACAAAGGUCUAAAACUAGAAGGAGACUCAGAAUUCUUGCAACCUCUCUAUGCCAAAGAAAUCCAGUCCCGACCAGGUAAUGCCCUAUACUUCAAAUCAGCCAGAAAUGUUACAGUGAACAUUCUCAAUGACCAGACUAAAGUGCUAACUCAGCUCAUCACAGGUCCAAAAGCUGUAGAAGCUUAUGGCAAAAAGUUUGAAGUAAAGACAGUUUCUGGAAAAUUGCUCUUCUCUGCAGAUAACCAUGAAGUGGUGGUAGGAGCUGAGAGAUUAAGAGUUUUAGGAGCGGAGGGCACAGUGUUCCCUAAAUCUAUAGAGACACCUAAUGUCAGGGCAGACCCCUUCAAGGAACUAAGGUUGGAGUCCCCGACCCGGUCUCUGGUGAUGGAGGCCCCCAAAGGAGUUGAAAUCAAUGCAGAAGCCGGCAAUAUGGAAGCCACCUGCAGAACCGAGCUGAGGCUGGAGUCCAAAGAUGGAGAGAUUAAGUUAGAUGCUGCGAAAAUCCAACUACCUAGACUGCCUCACGGAUCCUACACGCCUACAGGAACGAGGCAGAAGGUCUUCGAGAUCUGCGUCUGCGCCAAUGGGAGAUUAUUCCUGUCCCAGGCAGGAACUGGUUCCACUUGUCAGAUAAACACAAGUGUCUGCCUUUGAGAGACCAUCCAUAGUGGACAUUGUCGGCAGCAUAAAGGCCGUUUUUGUCUUUAGAUACUGGCUGCCAGCUAUUUUUACUAGAACACAGAAAGCCUAUCAAAGACCGUGUGCGCGUGUGUGUGUGUGCACGCGUGCAUGUGUGUGUGUGUGUGUGUGUGUGUGUGUAUGCGUGUGGGUGGAUAUAAAUAUAUAAAUAGAUAUAAAUAAAUAUAUAUAUCCUCUGUAUAAAAUGAGGUUUCAGUACAAAAGGAACCAUGGGUGACCCUGUGAUAUCCACCAUCAUUUCCAUGUCAACCCCACCACCUACAUGAUAAGAUCAAAAUACUGAUUCAGGCCCAAUACCCCAAACCCUUCAAAAAUCACAGUGUAUCGGACACUUACCGAAUAUUCACCAACAUGUUUGAGGAGCCGCAUAUCUUCCCCUUUAGUGUCAUUACAGGGCAGUGAUGGUGGGAAUCUCCAAGUCACGCUCAAGCACUGAGACCGUCAUAUUGAAAUAGACAUUUCGUUUCCAUUUUUAGCUUUAGGAAGGCUGGCCCAUUUCCCCCUCUUCAAGUGAGGGAUGGGGCAGUGCCAUAGAAGUCAGCUGUAGGAACACAAAAUGGCUCUUCUGCCUUCAUAGCCAAAUGUACUGGGGCUUUUGGAUGAAUGUGGGGGAUGAGGUUCAGCAAAGUUUGAACUGCUCACCCAACUCCUGCUAUCUUCCUUCAAAAAUCACCUAUUAUCCCACAGUCAAAAUAGGAGUUAUAAAUCAG